GCAGACCUCUACAUGCAAACCUAUCACGGCAUAAAGCAGCAAAAGUCUGAAAGCUGCAGCGCCUCGAAACCUUGAAGCCGGCGCAACUCCUUCAAACCCAACCAGUCCAGUGUAGCUUUUGCGACGCGAUAUUUGCAUUUGGGUAUUACGUCAGAGGUAUUACGCUUACGAACGGCUGGUGUUUGGGUACCUGAAGCGCCGAGCCGGCGCGACUCUUAGCAAAUGGGAGGAGUAGGCAAACGCAAGGUUGGAGGCGACCAUAAGCAUCGGAAGACAUUUAAACAGCAGCGUCGCGGCCAGUUUCAGGAGCGGCACAUCGACCAGGUUUGGGAGGAUGUGCGCAAGACGCCGGCACAAGUUCACGACGGCAAGCAUGGCCCGAUGGGCACAACUUCCAAGGCGGAGCUAGACGCGGAUGUUCCGGGCUUCGGCAAGCACUACUGCAUUCCUUGCGGCAAGUACUUCAACAGUGCCACGGCGCUGGCCUCGCACGAGGGCGAGCGGCCGCAUAAGCGGCGCGUCAAGAUGCUCACCACGACCGCCCGGCCGCACAACCAACGCGACGCGGAGGCGGCGGCCGGCAUAGGGGCGCCCGACAACGGGCCCAAGCUUCGAGCCGGCACAGCGGCUGCAGCUGCAGCAUCGGAGAUGGUGGAGUAGACACGUCAGGACUGAUAAUGUUAGCAGGGAAUAUGGCAGUCGUAAGUACCGCCCUGACAAGAGCAGGGCUGCGGCUGGGGAGACACGGACGAUUGGAACAACUCCCCUGGCUCUGCACAGGAUGCAGUGUGCGCCCGUCAUGGUAGUGCGCACGGACAAACGGCAAAGCCAGGCUUGCUACGGUGUGCGAUGGGACAGUUUCAAGGCAGGUUGGUGCAGCUGAUUCCGAGACCCCAGAAGAUGGCAAACAAUUUGCAGCGGCAGGGCAGGAGUGCGCGGCUGGUCGAACGCCGGAGUUGCUGUACCGAAACGUUCCUGGCUGGCUGGAAGGCUUGCUAGGGUGGGAGGGCCAGAGCAGCGGUGUUUGUGGCAUGCACUUGGUUCAGUCCUGCGUGUACAUCCAGUACCAUGAUAUGGUGGUAACGGCGCAUGGGCAGGCCGCAGACGCGAUGGACAAGGGCAGUGACGCACGUGCUUGGGCACUUGAGCGGGGCGGUGGCUCUCCGCAGUAUGUUGGAGGCUAUGUGGCCGUCCCAGAAACGGCAGGAUGUUCGCUUGUCUAGAAGUGCGGAACGCGCUCUAUGGUACGUAGUUAUCGGAGACACGGAGAGCAGCGACGAGAUUAGGUAUGUCACACGGCCCGUGCCUAGCUGUUUGGAGGCGUAAGCGGUCAUGCCGAUGUAGAGGGCUGCGGCCCCACGCGUGUUGGCGUGGAUAGCCGAGUGGACAUGCUCGCGCAGUGCGUUGGAGUGCGGUUGACGUGCUUGUGCUUGACUGGACGCAUUAUGGCGGGCCGUGCCUGUACGAACCGACCUCGGCUAUGUCCGGGAGAUGAGAUAAACUCGCUUGUCGGUGUUACUUCCAGGGGUGAUCACGUAAACAUACCGUACGCUGGACUCGGCAAUGGUUCGCCCCCUCUUAAGCCCUCGCCCUC